UCCGCAGGGCCCACACGUGCGUCAAGCUGGAGCAGUACGCCGUCGCCAGGGCUGCCGUCGAGUUGAAGUCUUGUCGACUUCACCUUUUCUUUUUCUGAAAUAACGUCGACUUCAAUUUAGCCAUCAAAAUUUUCCCUUUUAUGCAAAUUAAUUAAUUAAAUAGAAUAACUAGAAAAAGGAAAGUUUUUAAAAAAGUAGAAAAAGCUUAUCACGAGAAAAACACUUGUGCGAUUUGGUGGAUGCCAGAGUUUGUACUCCGUACUAGUGGACUGCAAGCUGAGCCUCUCCAGGUAUCCAUCCACCCUCAGCACACGCCCUCUCGCAGCGGCGGUGCUCCGGAGCAUGCUCUCCGCUCCCGCCUCCGGGGGGCGCUUCCACGGCGGAGCGCCCCUCUGGCGCAUCCUCCGGCCGCGCUCCUGCCUGGCGUCGCCACCGGCCUCCAGCAGCGGCGGCGGCGAGCCCGGAAGGGCGAAGCCUUUGCUUGUGGAGAGGUACCGAGACGGCGUCGCCAAGAGGUAUAUAUUGGACGGCGAUUCUAAGCUACAAGUUCGUUUGGAGAAGCAUGAAUCUCCUCUAAACGCAGUGGCAGAUAAGAAUGCAAAUCCUUUGCUUCCCCGGGCUAUUAGGGACUUCAUACUUCCGGCCGGGUUUCCAGGGUCUGUUUCAGAUGACUACCUGGAGUACAUGCUAUUGCAGUUCCCUACAAAUGUGACAGGAUGGAUCUGUCACGUGUUGGUUACAUCUAGUCUUCUGAAGGCUGUAGGUGUCGGGUCCUUUACAGGAACUUCAGCAGCGGCUUCUGCUGCUGCUAUCAGAUGGGUAUCAAAGGAUGGCAUAGGAGCCUUUGGGCGUCUUCUCAUUGGUGGACGUUUUGGAACGCUUUUUGAUGAUGACCCAAAGAAGUGGCGGAUGUAUGCAGAUUUCAUAGGGAGUGCUGGAAGCAUCUUUGAGCUCAUCACUCCGCUCUAUCCAGGUUACUUCCUCCCACUUGCAUCGUUGGGGAAUCUUGCAAAGGAGGAAGUAUGGGAAGUAGGAGCUCAGCUGUUAGGCCUUUCGAUUGGUGUACUUAUUAUGGAUACAGAAGGUGUAAAAUCAUCGUACGAAACUCUUACUUUAACAUGGCUGAGCGUUCGUCUUCUACAUCUUUGGUUCCGCUAUCAGUCCCUAGCAAUUCUCAAGUUCCGCACAAUAAACCUAAAACGUGGUCGGAUUCUUGUGAGAUCACAUGUUUCACAACAUAUGGUUCCUGGUUAUGUUGCUUGCAAUGAGGAAGAGAAUAUUUUAACAUGGGAGAGAUUCUUGCAUCCACGAAUUUCUUUUGGUGUUCCCAUGGGGAGAUUGCUUGGCGGAGAGGAAUCCAGUGACAUGGUGAAUAGACUAUUGAAGUUGUACAGGAAUGAGAGGUAUAUUCUCUUUGUUGAGCAGUUUGAAUCAAGAGAGCCGACAUUUCUUGUUACAUUCAAGGAAUCGGCAACCAGCAUGUCAGUCCUAAGGAGCCUAUGGCAAGCACAUUGGCUUCAUAACAAUCAGUCAAGGCAGGAUGAGGUUUUCUCUUGGCUAGAGGAGUCUCUUGUUGCACUGGAGCAUGAAUUUCCUGACUUCCUCAAACAAAUGGAGGGAGCCGGCUGGGAUCAGAACCAAAUCAUUUUGAAGGUGCCAAAAGAACCCGUCUUAGUGUCGGAGCACCUUGACUAAGAGGUGUAAGAUGCGGCUGGGAUCAGAACCAAAUCAUUUUGAAGGUGCCAAAAGAACCCGUCUUAGUGUCGGAGCACCUUGACUAAGAGGUGUAAGAUGCGGCUGGGAUCAGAACCAAAAUCAUUGUUUCUCCCUCUAAUUUGGACAGAAGUGCAAAUUUCUUUCCCCUUUUUUUCCCAAUAAACAAUUACCUAAACUACUUUCAGCAUGAACAUGAGUACAAGAAUCCUUGAUCAAACAAUUUUCAGCAUGUAACAUGAAUACUUUGUAAACAAGAAUACUUGAACAGACCCAUC